UUCUAUGUAUGAGUUAAUUUAUUUAUUGACCUUCACCUUUGCAUGACGAGAUGAGAAUCUUGAGGAGACUGACAGAAUGAGGAAUCGGAGCAAUUCUGGUGUUCGCUUAGACUACUACCAGAGGUUACUAAAUAAAACCAUUCUAAAAUACCAGAAUCCAGUAACAGGUUUACUACCUGCCAGUGAAGAAAACAGCCAUGCAUGGGUACGAGACAAUGUCUACGCUGUUUUAUCAGUAUGGGCCUUGGCACUGGCCUACAGAAAAACAGCUGAUUUGGAUGAAGACAGGGCCAAAGCAUAUGAAUUGGAACAGUCUGUUGUGAAGUUGAUGAGAGGUUUACUUCGCUGUAUGAUGUCCCAGGUGGAGAAGUUGGAAAGGUUUAAGCACACACAGCACGUGAAUGAUUCUCUGCAUGCCAAGUACUGUAGUAAGACUGGUAAAACAGUAGUGGGAGACCAGGCUUGGGGUCACCUACAAAUCGACGCCACUUCUCUGUAUAUAUUGUCACUGGCUCAAAUGACAGCAUCAGGUCUUCAAAUCAUAUUCACUUUAGAUGAAGUGUCCUUUGUACAGAAUUUGAUAUUUUACAUCGAAACAGCAUAUAGAACACCAGAUUAUGGUAUAUGGGAGAGAGGAGACAAAACCAAUCAUGGACUUCCAGAACUGAACUCGAGCUCUAUUGGGAUGGCAAAGGCAGCACUGGAGGCAAUCAACGAACUGGACCUGUUUGGAGCCCGUGGUGGACCUUUGUCAGUGGUCCACGUUCUACCAGACGAAGCUCAACAGUGUCAGGCUAUUCUUCUUUCUAUGCUACCCAGAGAAUCAAACUCAAAAGAGAUAGAUGCUGCCUUACUGACUGUGAUCAGCUUUCCAGCUUUUGCUGUGGAUGAUGGUGAAAAAGUUGAAGAAACCAGAGAUUCAAUUGUCACCAAACUAGAGGGAAAGUAUGGUUUUUGCAGAUUUCUACGAGAUGGGUAUAAAACUGCAAGAGAGGACCCGAACCGUUUACACUAUGAACCCUGGGAACUACAGGUGUUUGAGAGGAUAGAGUGCCAGUGGCCAAUGUUCUUUGCUCUGUUUGUGCUGGAUGGUUUGUUCAAUGGAAGAGAGGAACAGGUAAAGAAAUACUCAGAGAAGUUAGAUUCAGUGAUGAUAAAGACAGAUGAAGGAAUCCAUCUGCUGCCGGAACUCUAUGCUGUGCACAAAGAGAUGGUUGAGCAAGAAUACAAAACCCCAAACAGUCAGAAGAGAGAAGCAAUAGGAAGACUUCCUCACCGCUGGGGACAGUCCCUAUACAUUAUCAGUAAACUGGUCCAAGAGGGCUUCCUUUCUCCUGGGGAACUGGAUCCUCUCAAUCGUCGCUUGGUCUCAGAACCAAAACCAGACAUAGUUGUUCAAGUUGUGAUUUUGGCUGAGGAUAAUUUUAUCCAGUCCAAGCUGUGGGAACAUGGCAUCAAGGUCCAGACAAUGGAGGAGGUUCGGCCACUACAGGUGUUCCCCGCAAGUGUGCUCACACAGAUCUACUCCUUACUGGGGAGAAACAAGAAAAUGGGAUUGACUGGCCGCCCAAAGAAUGAAAUAGGUCUUCUGGCAACCAGCAAGCUGUACACUUACCGGGAUCAGAUCUUGGCUUUUAUACCUCAGACGGCAGAUGAGCAUCAGUUUUAUCUCCCCAAAGACACUCUAUUAAAGCUGGACAUGUUUGCCAAUGACGUGGGUUUCCUGUCGUCCUACUGGGGAUCCCUGGGACGACCUCUGCUUAUUUUUCCAGUGUCCACCAACCUUAAUUAUCUAGAUGUGGGACAUAAUCCACCUGGAGCACUGAUUGGUACCAUCAAAAAAUUACAGAGCGGCUACAUUGCUGGCACAAGAGUGCAUUUGGGAAAUUUGGCUGACUUUGUGACAACGUCCUGUAUUACAAAGCUAAGCUUUCUACGAGAUCCAUCUCACAGUGAGGAGGUGAAGCACUUUGUAGGGGAUAUCUUCAACAGAAUCCCAGACACCAGACCCCGUCUGUUAUCGUCUAGUCGAAUCAAAACACGCCCAAGAUCUCACUCCAAAUCCUCAGUCCACGGCAUUGUCCGGAGAUCCAGGUCAAUCCAGGUGGAUCCAGCCCAGGCCAAAGAGAGAGUUCCAUCACCGCCUUCUUUACAAGAGUCGCUGAAGAAAUUUGAGCGAGGAAUAACUGUAGACCGUGAACAAAGCGGUGGAGUGCCUAUUCCUACAACCAGUGCUCAUGGUAGAUCUCAUGAUGUUGAAUUCCCCAUACAACGACCGCACUCCCCCAACCUCCACCUGAAGGGAAGCCUCCAUCCCCUCCACUACAGCCACCAGUCACCCUGCUCAUCCAGUUCCCCACAGCUCUUCCACUUCUUCCACCAGGGAGCCAAGCAGGAGAGCAUCAUCAAUGUGGAUGAGCUGGUGGAGCAGUUAAACAAUACAGAAGUGUUACACGAACAGGCAGACAUCAUCCACUACCUGUAUCUCCACAAAGGUCCUGACUGGGAGAUCACUAUUGAUGGCAAAAAGUGUUACAUCAAGGAACUGCUGGUGGAACUAUAUGAAAAGGCUGGACAUUGGAAACACUGGGGACUAGUGAGGCAUACAGCAGGAUUGUUGAAGAAGAGAGUGGAGGAGUUAGCCCUGGCAGCUACUGAUCUCCUGGUUCGACAGAAACAGUUAUCUGUGGGUCUCCCACCGGACAGGGAGCGUGUCAUCAUGAGACCCCUUCCGCCUGAUGAAUUGGCCAAGAUUAUUUUUGAUGCCUGUGGAGAGGACCUGAGUACAGCAUCCCUAACACAGGAGUUGCUGAUCUAUCUGGCUAUGUUUAUCCGGACGGAGCCCAAACUGUUCAAUGAGAUGUUAAGACUGCGGGUUGGCCUCAUCAUACAAGUCAUGGCCUCCGAGCUGGCGAGAACACUCAAGUGCUCAGGUGAUGAGGCCUCUGAACAUCUUAUGAAUCUCAGCCCUUUCGAAAUGAAGACCCUUUUACAUCAUAUUUUGAGUGGAAAGGAGUUUGUCAUCAGCACAGGCUACAUCCAUACUUGUGUUCCUGGUCCCGCGGGGGACCUGCGUGGUGUUGGGGUCUCCAGAUGGACGACAGAUUCAGAGACUGAUGAACACACUAAUGUAGAGGAUGAGUGCAGGUUAUCAGUGUCCACAAAGAAGGUGGGAGAGGAGGCCACAGAGUUUGCCAGACUCAGUCGAAAACCACAUGCCAAGAUACAGAAGAGUAUCCAUCACAUUGACCCAAAUGACCUUGAGAAGGAUGACGAGGGGGUGGAAUCUGACCGCCAGGGUCAGUGGCUGAGGAGACGGCGUCUAGACGGGGCCCUGAACCGCGUUCCUGUGGGGUUCUAUCCCAGGGUCUGGAAGGUCCUCAAAAUGUGCCAUGGUCUUGUCAUCGAAGGACAGCACUUACCACACAGUCUAACCAGGGAGAUGACCCCUGGGGAGUUUAAGUUUGCUCUACAUGUGGAGAUGGUGUUGAACAGGAUCCCUCAGCCAGAGUACAGACAGCUGAUGGUGGAGGCCCUGAUGGUCCUCACUCUGCUGACAGAGAACGACAACAGUAAACUCUCCUUCUCCACUCUCAUAUAUGUGGACAAGAUUGUACAGACAGCCAAUGCAAUUUAUCUCAAGGAUCAAAAAAUCCCAAGUGAUGUAAUGGAGCAUUCUAAGGGAGCAGCUGGAAUCAGCCUCCAUUUUUAUGACACUGCACCAAGUGGUCGGUUUGGGACAAUGUCUUACCUGUGCAGAGCUCUGGCCACCAUCUUGCCCAUCCCUGUAGACAAGGAUGCCAACGUGGACUGUGCAGUAUCCUAAGGCAUUAAAGUGAUAUGGGAUGUCCAAGUGUUCACCUUACCUUUUUUCUAGACUUUAAAAAGAAUUCCUUCCCUGGAGUUUGAAGUUUUUUAUUCCAUUAAAACAUGGAAUAUAAAUAUGUAAUACAAACCACAUGACACAAAUCCAUGCUUUAAUUGUUGGAGUAUUCUGAAUAUGACAUUGUUAUAUUGUAUGCAAAUACAAGAAUGAUUAUGUAUAAUAGUUAUUGGUCAUUAUUAGACCAUAAGAGUUUUUGGCUUGUAUAUGUGUACCAGGCAGAUUGCCAUUUAUGAACAAUGUACAUCUCAAUCCAAAUAGGAAUGUUCUGUAGAAACCUUGAAUAUGAAUAAUUUUUAGCAAUGUUAUGAAGACUGUGAUUUUUAAUUGUAGUGCCAUUACGCUACCCUGCAUUAGUGUAGGAAUUUGCAAUAUAGUACUUUGUACUUGCAAGUUUGCAAACAGAGGCAUAUUUGCUAAUCUGCUUGCUAAAAAACUAGUUUUGACCAUACUAUACACAGGUAACUGUGGCUUUUAUGCAUUGUGUAAAUCGAACAUAAAGAUAGAACAGACCAGGUUUCUAACUGUUCUUACUGAAUAACUUUUUUAUGAAACCAUUUACAAUUUAACUUAUUUUUAAAGCAUCUAUAGUUAAAAAAAAAACUUUUCUAAAGAAAACCAUUUGUGACUGUGAUGGAAAAGUCACGGUUCUCAUGUUACAGAUACAUUUUGUAUGUAUACAUGUAUAGUGUUGCUUUAUGAUGGAAUAAUACAUAAUAGUGUAUUUCCAUUUUUAUUUUUUGUGAUAUUAAAUCUGCUUUAUAUCAAUAAAGGUUUGUUGAUACAGUUUUAA